CGUUGCGUGUCUUCAGCAAAUUGCCAAAAUCUGGACAUAAGCCCGCCCUUACUCUUUUCAUUUCUCCCCUUCGUCUCCCUCCCCUGAAAUUAACUGUUUGAAUUAUCGGCUUCUACAGUGCAAAACUCGGGCGGAGUUGAGUCACUCACUCCAGUCCGCCAUUUUCAACUGCAAGUCUAAUCAGGAGGGGUAAUUUUGUAAUUCCAGCAUGCAUAUAAAGCAGGUUGUAAUUGAAGGCUUUAAGAGUUACAGAGAACAAGUUGCUACUGAGCCUUUCAGUCCAAAAGUUAAUUGUGUUGUUGGUGCAAAUGGAUCUGGCAAGAGUAACUUUUUCCAUGCAAUUCGUUUUGUUUUGAGUGACCUCUUCCAAAACCUGCGAAAUGAAGAUAGACAUGCGCUACUCCAUGAAGGUGCAGGCCACCAAGUUAUGUCAGCAUAUGUGGAGAUUGUUUUUGAUAACACUGACAAUCGCAUACCGGUUGAUAAAGAGGAAGUACGGUUACGUCGAACAAUUGGUUUGAAGAAGGAUGAAUAUUUCUUGGAUGGGAAGCACAUCACGAAAACUGAGGUUAUGAAUUUGCUGGAAAGUGCUGGAUUUUCUCGUUCUAAUCCUUACUAUGUUGUGCAGCAAGGAAAGAUAGCCUCAUUGACUUUGAUGAAAGAUUCCGAGCGAUUAGAUUUACUCAAAGAAAUUGGUGGUACUCGUGUUUAUGAGGAGAGACGCCGUGAAAGUUUGAAAAUUAUGCAAGAAACUGGAAAUAAGAGAAAGCAGAUCAUUCAAGUUGUUCAGUACCUGGAUGAGAGGCUAAAGGAACUGGAUGAAGAGAAAGAGGAAUUAAGGAAAUAUCAGCAGCUUGACAAGCAGAGAAAAUCUCUGGAAUACACUAUUUAUGACAAGGAGCUUCAUGAUGCUCGGCAGAAACUGGCAGAGGUAGAAGAAGCUCGAACCAAGGUCUCUGAAACAUCAACAAAGAUGUACAAUAGCGUGCUGGAUGCCCAUGAGAAGGCCAAGGACUUGGAUGACACAUUUAAAAACUUAACAAAAGAGGUUCAGAAUUUGAGCAAAGAGAACGAAGCCUUAGAAGCCCAACAAACUGAAGCCAUAAAGAAGCAGACAGAGCUUGAACUUGAUAUGAAAGACCUUCAGGAGAAGAUAUCUGGGAAUAUACAAACCAAAGAUGAUGCAAUUAAGCAGCUUCAUGUCCUUGAGAAGGAAAUACAAGAAUCAACAGAGGAGCUUGACAAAAUUAGUCCUUUGUAUGAAGCCCAAGUCAUAAAGGAGAAGGAGAUAACAAAAGGAAUCAUGGAGCGUGAAAAGCAGCUUAGCAUUCUUUAUCAAAAACAAGGUCGUGCCACUCAAUUUUCUAGUAAAGCUGCUCGUGACAAAUGGCUUCAAAAAGAAAUUGAUGAUCUGGAGCGAGUUCUUUCUUCAAACAUUCUGCAGGAGCAAAAACUUCAAGAUGAAAUUCAUCGGCUUAAUGUUGAUAUGGAGGAGCGCGAUGCAUACAUCAAGAGUCACAAAAGUGAAAUUCAGAUUUUAGAGUCCCUCAUCUCUCAGUCACGUGAAGGGUUCAAUAGAUACAAAGCAGAGAGAGACAAGCUGCAAGAUGAAAGGAAGUCAUUAUGGGGGAAAGAAAGUGAACUUUCUGCGCAGAUUGAUAAACUGAAAAUUGAAGUAGAGAAGGCGAAGAAAAACCUUGAUAAUGCAACUCCUGGAGAUGUUAGGAGGGGGCUGAAUUCUAUCCGACGAAUCUGUGCAGAAUUUAAAAUUGAUGGAGUUUUUGGUCCAGUCAUUGAGUUACUUGAUUGUGAUGAAAAAUUUUUCACAGCUGUUGAAGUUACUGCUGGAAAUAGCUUAUUUCAUGUGGUAGUUGAAAAUGAUGAAAUAUCAACUCAGAUAAUCAGACACCUUAAUUCAUUAAAAGGUGGGAGAGUUACUUUUAUACCACUGAACCGAGUGAAGGCACCGCCUGUGAAUUAUCCAAAGAGUUCUGAUGUGAUUCCUCUGUUGAAAAAAUUGAAGUUCAAGCCUAAAUAUACACCAGCAUUUGGCCAGGUUUUUGCUAGAACAGUAAUCUGUCGAGAUUUGGAUGUGGCCACAAGAGUUGCUCGCACUGAUGGUCUAGACUGCAUAACUUUGGAAGGUGAUCAAGUGAGCAAAAAAGGUGGCAUGACUGGAGGAUUUUAUGAUCAUAGGCGCUCAAAAUUGAGGUUUAUGAAUGCAAUAAUGCAAAAUACAAAAUUGAAUGACACAAAUGAGGAAGAAUUGGCCAGAGUUAGAUCCACACUACAAAGGUUAGACCAGAAAAUUACAGAACUAGUUGCUGAGCAGCAGAAACUUGAGGCCAAACGAGCUCAUGACAAAUCACAGAUGGAGCAACAUAAGCAGGAUAUUGCUAAUGCUGAAAAGCAGAAGCAAUUGCUUUCUAAAGCUCUUGCUAAUAAGGAAAAAUCACUUGCAGAUGUCCAAUCUCAAAUUGAUCAGCUGAGAGCUAGUAUGGGCAUGAAGCAAGCUGAAAUGGGCACAGAGCUAAUUGAUCAUUUAACUCCAGAGGAAAAAGAUCUUCUAUCGCGAUUGAACCCUGAAAUCAAAGAUUUCAAAGAACAGCUCAUUGCCUGCAGGGCAGAUCGUAUUGAGACUGAAACAAGGAAAGCUGAGCUUGAGACUAAUUUAAGUACCAACCUUAAGAGGCGGAAGCAGGAGUUAGAGGCAAUAAUAUCCUCUGUGGAGGCUGACAGUUUUGUUGGUGAAGUUGAAUUAAAGAGGCAGGAGCUGGAGGAUGCCAAAUCAUUAGUUGAUUAUGCAACACAACAGCUCAAAAGAAUUACUGGAGGUAUAAAUGAGCGGAAAAAGCAACUAAAAAAAAUCAAAGAUGACAAAAUAAAGCUAAAGAAUUUGGAAGACGAUUAUGAGAAGACACUUCAGGAUGAAGCAAAAGAACUCGAACAGCUGUUUAGCAAGAGAAAUUCUCUGCUUUCUAAACAGGAAGAGUACUCAAAGAAAAUAAGGGAACUUGGUCCAUUGUCAUCUGAUGCUUUCGAAACGUACAAGCGAAAAAAUGUUAAGGAAUUGCAGAAGAUGCUCCACAGGUGCAAUGAACAACUACAACAGUUCAGUCAUGUAAACAAGAAAGCUCUUGACCAAUAUGUAAAUUUUACUGAGCAACGAGAAGAACUCCAGAAGAGACAGGCAGAACUUGAUGCUGGUGAUGAGAAAAUUAGGGAAUUAAUAGCAGUUUUAGAUCAGCGGAAGGAUGAAUCAAUUGAGCGUACCUUCAAAGGUGUUGCCCGGCACUUUCGAGAAGUAUUCUCUGAAUUAGUGCAAGGUGGCCAUGGCCAUCUGGUUAUGAUGAAGAAAAAGGAUGGUGAUCACGGUGAUGAUGACCAAGAUGAUGAUGGACCUCGUGAAGCAGAUUUAGAAGGAAGGGUUGAGAAGUACAUUGGUGUAAAAGUGAAGGUGUCUUUCACCGGGCAAGGAGAGACACAAUCAAUGAAGCAGUUGUCUGGGGGUCAGAAAACUGUGGUAGCCCUGACCCUAAUUUUUGCCAUACAGAGAUGUGAUCCUGCACCAUUUUACCUUUUUGAUGAGAUUGAUGCGGCGCUGGAUCCCCAGUACAGAACUGCCGUUGGGAAUAUGAUUCGUCGUCUGGCAGAUUUGGCAAACACACAAUUCAUUACAACAACCUUUCGGCCUGAGCUCGUCAAAGUUGCUGACAAGAUAUAUGGGGUGACACUUAAACAUAGGGUGAGCCGUGUCAAUGUUGUCACCAAGGACGUUGCACUAGAUUUUAUUGAGCAUGAUCAAUCUCAUAAUACAGAUUAAGCUUCGCAACAUUGUAUAGAUUGGGCUGGUUGUGGGAGCAGAGUUCCAUGGAGGAGGAAGUUUGGAUGCUGUAAAAAAAUCCUUUUCUAGUUAUGUAAAGCCACCAAAGCCUCCGAAUUUGAAGUUUCUUCAAACGGAAGGUUGAAUUGUAAUUCCAUAGGUUGUUCUUGUGAAACAUUGUUUAUCUCAUUAGUUGUAUAGGUUCUGAUUUAAUCUUCUUUUCUUGUAUUAUGUCCUGGGCAUGUUCCCAGCUUUGCAUAAAAUGACUGCAGUAGUUGGUAACUGGGAAGGCAGUAGGAAUUUUGGUAUUUAAUGUAAAGCAAUUAUAUUUUAAACAAAUCAAUUUAAAUUUC